AUGACUUCGAUAGGAACGGGCUACGAUCUGUCCAACUCGGUCUUCUCCCCUGAUGGACGUAACUUCCAGGUCGAAUACGCUAUGAAGGCUGUCGAGAACGGCGGCACUUGCAUCGGUAUCAGAUGUCGUGAUGGUGUUGUUCUGGCACUGGAGAAGCUCGUCACCUCCAAGCUAUUGAAGAAGGAUGCAAACAAGAGGAUAGCCACCGUUGAUCGCAACAUUGGUGUCGUCUCCACUGGUCUUCUUCCCGAUGGUCGCCACUUUGUCACUCGUGCCCGCGAUGAGGCCUCAUCAUGGCGUUCUCUCUACAAGCAACCUAUCCCCGUCGCCUCCCUCGCCGACCGCAUGGGAUCCUACGUUCAAGCCUACACUCUCUACUCAUCAGUCCGCCCCUUCGGUAUCACCGCCAUUAUCGGUGGUUGGGAUUCUGAGCUCGAAGUGCCCGUCGACGCACAAGUUGGUUCCGGCCCGUCAAGCGGCAGUGGUGGCAAGGUGCCCGAUGCAAAGGAGGGUGGUCCAUACCUGUACAUGAUCGAACCAUCCGGAUCAUACUGGGGAUACUACGGCGCAGCUACUGGAAAGGGAAGACAAGCAGCCAAGGCGGAACUCGAGAAGUUGAAGCUCACUCCCGACCAAGGCGGCAUCAGCCUGGAGGAGGGCGUCAAGGAGGCAGCAAGAAUCAUCUACGUGGCACACGAGGACAGCAAGGACAAGGAGUUUGAGCUGGAGAUGACAUGGAUCAGCAAGGUCGACGGCCCGACCAAGGGCAGACACGAGGAAGUGCCAAAGGAGAUGCUCGAGGAGGCAGAGCGUCUGGCCAAGAAGGCACUUGAGGGUGACGACGACGAGAUGGAGGAAUAA